AUGGUGUACAGAUUAUGUCCAAUCCUACAACAAAACGAUGGUAGGUCGCAAAUAUCAGAUGAAGACACCUCGUGUGGCUUUGUUUAUCGAUUUCUGGUAAAUGGAGAGAGCAAUUCGCCGAAGGCUUUAACCAUGCCCCAAAUCGGGCGGAGGGAAGGUACCGAUCCUGCACCGGUAGGACAUGGUCCUCAAAGAGCCGUGAUAGAACCUGGGGACGAAUCGCUACCGGACGACAAGCCAAGCGACUUCUCGCGGGUAAGCGUUACACCACAAGCGCGUCAUGUGGCCGACGUCAAUAAGCAGCCUCGAGGUGCCGAGUCCAGCUCUCUCAUGAACAGUGCGGCGCAGAUCAAUGCUUUGACAGAGCAGUACAUGGAUGACUAUGGUGAUGCGGCUAUAUAUCGUGAGGGACUCUUCGAGCUAGAUUACGGCUAUCACGAUGGACUGGUGCAACGUGAUUUCACAGGAGACCGAAGACAUCCUCUGGAGGUGAGCGAUGACGUCUUCGACUUAGAACAUGCCAUUGAACAUCAGAAGAUCACAUCGGACAUCUCCGAGGCCGAGCUUCGGUAUAAGAAGAUCGGAGAUCGACUGACUGCCGCUGAGUUCGACUUGGCGAAUCUAAGGGGAGCAGACGACUCUAUCUCCUCUAGUAGAUCCGAGCGAUACCCAUACCUCGCAGGAGCUUGGGCAGGCGUGCGAGACGAACCAUCCACGGUAGAUUGGACAAGUAGCCCAGUCGCGAGAUGGCUGGAUUCUCUAGACGACCCAUUGGGUCACCGUGUGAUGAAUUCCACGAGACCCGGUGUCCCUGAAACCCCUUACGCGCCAGAGAUCUCGCCAUUCACGGAAUAA